CACCAUUCUAUACCCCGCGGUCCUUUCUGUGAGCAUUCAAUCGAUAAGUCACCCUCACCCGGCCACCCCCCUUCCCACUCUCUCUCUCUCUCUCUCUAAAUAUCCAUUUUCUUCUUCUUCUUCUUCUUCUUCUUCUUCUUUUCUCUGUGUCUAUCUCUCUACAGUGGUGGUUGUUAUGGAGCCAAAUUCACCGGAGCUAGAGCUGGACAACCUGAGAGCAAUCAAAAUACUCGGAAAAGGCGCCAUGGGCACUGUAUUUCUGGUCCAUGACCAGUCACGUGACCCCUCUGCCCUCUGCCCCUUCGCCCUCAAAGUUGUCGAGAAAUGCUCUCUCUACUCCAAGCUCGACGCUGACCGCCGUGCCCGCUGGGAGGUCUCCGUCCUGGCCCGCUUAUCCAACCCGACCCACCCCUUCCUCCCCACCCUUCUCGGAUCCUUCGAGACCCACCAGUUGUUGGGUUGGGCCGUCCCCUACUGCCCCGGCGGCGACCUCAAUGUUCUCCGCUACCGUCAGACCGAUCACGUCUUCUCUCCUUCAGUCAUUCGGUUCUACCUCGCUGAGAUCGUCUGCGCUCUCGAGCACCUCCAUAGCAUGGGCAUCGUGUACCGCGACCUCAAGCCAGAGAACGUUUUGAUACAACAGUCUGGUCACGUGACUCUCACGGACUUCGACCUCUCUCGUAGCCUCACUCCCAGGCCUGUCCAGGCCUUGCUCGACGUGGAUCCCAUUGACGACCCACAUGAGGGUGCUCGCCGGAAACAUCGCCGGUAUCUGACCCGCUUGAUUCCGGCACCGCCAAUGUCCGAGAAGAAGGGGUUGAAAAAAGCCAAAAGUGCUCGCGUCUCGCCGGUUAGUCGCCGGAAAACGAGCUUCUCCGCCGGCGAGAGAUCCAAUUCCUUCGUGGGUACGGAGGAGUAUGUGUCGCCGGAGGUGGUUCGCGGCGACGGUCAUGAAUUCGCCGUCGACUGGUGGGCACUGGGGAUUCUCACCUACGAGAUGCACUACGGAACGACACCGUUUAAGGGAAAGAAUCGAAAGGAAACGUUUGGGAACGUGUUGAUGAAACCGCCGGAGUUCAUCGGGAAGCGAUCGGCCUUGACUGACUUGAUCGGACGGCUGUUAGAGAAAGACCCAACCAGGCGAUUGGGGUACAAUCACGGUGCCUGCGAGAUCAAACGGCACGAGUUCUUUCGCGGUGUUAAGUGGGACCUAUUAACGGAGGUGUUACGGCCGCCAUUUCUGCCGUCACGGGAAGACGAUGAUCUAACGGCAAAGUUAACGCCGAGUGGAUUUAACAUAAGGGAAUAUUUUAAUAGACAAGCAGUGACAUCACUAUCACUUCCGUCAUCACCGUUAUCAUCCCCGUCAAUAGAAGGGCAUCGAUAUAAUAUAUCCUUAACGGAAUUUUAAUGCCCGUGUAAGAUUUUUAUUUAUUUAUUUAGUUUUGUGUAUAUAAAAUAAGGGCAGAAAAUGUUACUCAAUACUCUUUUUUACCUAUAUUUUUUUACUCAUAAGAUAGAUAUAAUAUAUAUAAGUUAAUAUUAUCUGUAUUUAUUAAUGUGAAUUUAUAAAAUAAGUAAAAAAAAUAGGUAAAGAAAUA